UGUAUAAUUUUUAUCUUAUUAUUGAUCCCAAUUUUUAAACUUCAUGUUUGUUGACCUACCAGAAGUUCACACUUACAAAAAUUGUUGGAAAGCUUAAGAUUCGAAUAAAAUUUAAAUAGGUAUUGCAGAUAAUUAAGAAUAGUGAGAUUCUAUAGUUUUUUUUCUGUCUAUCUAUCUAGUUUUCUGGGAGUUGUCCACACAUACGCACAGCUCUUGGCUUUCAAAAACAAAUUCAAGGUCACUGACUGCCAGUUCUGAUAGGGUCCACAAUUUAUUCUCUCGUAUUUGUUUAUAUCUGCUGCGCCAUAAAGUUCGUGAUUUAAAAAAGGUAUGAUUUAAGUUCAUCACUUCACAAUGACCAUAGUCAGAGUCUGCCACCAAGAAGAUAAAAAAAAACUAUAAAGUCGGUUUUUUUUUGUUUUGAUAAGGAUGAUAAGGAUGGAACACCAUGUCAAUCCAUGUUAAUCGUUGAUGGUGCUUACACCAAUAACUCUGUCGGGUAAUCUGGGCGAGCGGCAUCGGCGCCUCAACACGCUGGUGCGAGAGGCCGGCGUCAGAGGGGCCUCCCUUCAGGAGUUCCAAGCUCUGCCGGAACACUCGCCCGUCGACCGCCUCUUUAAGAUAGACCUCGCUUCACAGCUCCGCUAUGUUGACUACAUCAUACAAAACUUACAAGACGACGACAUGCUGUACGUCAGCAGAGCUCUCAAAUCCAAGUGGCUCGUAGACCAUCAUGACGUCAUAAACCCCAAACACCUGGAGAGUGUGCUCUAUCCGACCAUGAUCAAGUCGGCCGUAAGUAAACUGAAGCAUUGGACUUACAUCAACCUUCGUGAUCCGCCGAUGUGUCAGGAAUUCUAUAUGUACUAUAAGGAGAACACGUUCGAGUUAGCCAUCAAGUAUCUGCCUCACUGCUGCAAUGAGUUCAUCCUACAAGAAGUUCCCACGAUACUGGCCAAAAUUUCAAGCCAACAUCUAAAGAUACUGAGUGAAAAAUGUCCCAGAGUAGCAGAGAUCUAUUACAAUUCGUUGGCGACGGACGAAGUCGUCCGGCCUCGCUAUCUCGACAACCAGCAGUCAUUCUACAACAGUGUGAAGUGUGUGCUGAAGUCUGACGCCGACGUGUUCCUCGACAUCACGGAGAAGUAUUUCAACAUGAACAGCUUCAGACGGCUGAGCCCGUCGGCGAGCGACUACAUCCUGCGCUGUCACAAGCACAGGUUCACGAACAAGCCCGAGCUGUAUACCGGCUACGUGUUACACGUGCAGACGCUUGCUGACCGGCUCAGUGUCGAGGAGUGCCAGGAGCUGGUGGUCAGGUUGGCGCGGGCGAAGUAUUUGCAGCACUGGUUCGAGUACAAGGCGGUGGAGCCGCUCGUGAAACGCCUCAGUCCCGACAAGAGGGCGGCCUUCAAGAAGCGAGUGUUUGUUGAGAAGGAUGUCGGCGAGAGCAUGACUGAGUGGCCGUACGAGGUGCCUGCGCCCCCGCCACACACUUAUCCGGAAGCACAUGUCUUCGACGACCAAUAUUUUGAGCCUGUUUUACCAAUAAUCAAGAUGCCAAAGCGCUUAAUAAAAAAGAAAUGCGGCCGUUUCCUUUCUGAUCGUGACUACUGCAUUGUUGAGUCGACAUUGCCAACAAAAUCUGAGUUAGAAAAGUUAUUUGAAGAAUUUAGGUUUCUGGGCUUUAGUCGGACUUUGCACGAUUUAGGAUUACGGUUGGGCGCCGCGGGUUCUCCAGAGAGAAGGCGCGAUAUCUUCCUGGUGUUGGUGAGUAAGAGCGGCGGCCGCAGCGAAGCGGUGUCGGCGCUGCUGAGUCUCGCAGCUCGGCACAGUAACGAGCCGGUGCACAUUCGAGCCGCCGUGCUGCGCAGCCUGGUCAAGCGCGCUCAAGUCUGGCGAUUGCCUGCAGAGGUCUGGAACAAUUUGCUCGAGUUCGGGCAUGGGCUCGGGCUGGACGGCAGUACUGCCGAAGCCGAGUGCAGGGAGGGUUUGCAUGCGGUUGUGAUUCGUCAGCUGCUAGAAGGCAAAUGUGAGCCUGCCAUCACAGCUGCUUUUUUGGAAGAAUUCUCCACAUUAUCAGAAUAUUCGCUUUCCUCAGCUGAGCGUGCGAAAGUGGCCGCUGGACUCCAGAAUUUACUGUCUGCGGCGGCUUUGGUUGCCGAACCAGUCUUAGCUGCCAAGCUCUUGAGUCAACUGCUUGAUGCACUUGGUGCUUAUUGCGUUGAUGUCGAAGCAAGUUCACCAGUGGUUGGUGCCAUCGUAUCUUUAGCAUCACAAGCAGCCGAAGUCGCCCGUCCCUUACUACAGCGGCUCUACCAUGCAAAAGUCGCUCGCCGCGAGCUGCUUCGGUUGAACUUAGAAUUUCGGCGCGACCAAGCAUCGCUAAUUAAUGUACUGCGACAUGACUUACUUGCACUGGACUGCAAACAGAUCGUUGAAAUACUAGCCACUCGUAAAAAGAACUUUGAUACUUUCGUUUCCAAACUUGCGGUAUAUUUCCAGAAAGAUGAUUUUGUAACACAGUUGCGCACCGACUUAAAGGGGAAAUUUACUGACACUGAAAACUGUAAAAUUAAGCAUGCAAAGUUGGCUCGUCGACUAGCAAGUCUUUCUGGUCAUGAUUUGGAGCAGUAUGUUCAAGAGCUGGAUUCCAAAGGAACAGAAGUGCGAAGGUGGUCAGCUAUGCUGCGGGCGAAUGCCCACCGUGCGCGGCCCGCUGUGGCCGUAGCUGAGUGGGGCUGGCGCAGGGCGGGCGUGAAGGCCGUAGCGACGCGCGCCAUGCGCGGCCGACAAGCGGAGCGAGCCGACCUCACCCGAGCACUGGCCGCUCACCGCCGCACGCUGCGAGUGGCGCUAGCUCUGAGCAUGCUCUCUGGACUCGACGCACAAGUGGACACCUUCACACUGGCCACCAAGCUGAGGCCGGCCGCAGCGCUGCGCGCCCUAUUGUUGUACUUCCGUCGUUUCGGUGACAAGAGCGAGGUCUGUAUAUGGAACAUCGUUAAACCGGUAUUGAUGACACUUCAGUUUCAACAGCGUUAUACUCUACGAGAAAGAGUGUGGGAUCAUAAUGAAGUACCAAAGUCAAUUCAACCAGACUACUACCCGACCCUGUAUAUGGUAUUUCACGCAAUCCCCAUUACAACCAAAGACUUUCUUCGUGAAGUAACGAGACUUAUUCCGGUUGUUAGUAACGAAUUAAUCUGAUCUGCUUCUACUGAUGCUGAAGAUUGCUUCUUCUACUAAUUCUUCUAAUCAUCUUGACCUUCACGACCCUGUUCCGUACCCUUCUAUAUUCGUAAGGUAUCUCAUGUUGUCUAAGUGUAGCAAAGACUUUGAAUAUAGAUUUGAGAAGCUUGCGAAACCUUUUUUGGACCAUUUGGAUACAAAGCGCAACGAAAAUGACAGGAUUUUUAGGGAACUAUUGUGUCAAACAAUGAGGAGUUUAAUGUAUAACGCAGCAUUUUUCGAUACGAAGUGCACGUCGUGUUUGUUGGCUAUCGAGAAAUUCCUGGCUUGGAUGGAAACGUUCAUGCCGAAAGAAGAAUAUUUCAAUAACUACGCACAAGUUCACCUGACGAUGCUGUACUGCAAGGCGGUGCGGCAGAGCCUGAAGCAGCUGCCGGCGGUGUUCGCGGAGCCCCGCAGGAGGCUGGAGGAGGGCGUGGACGCCGUGGGCUUUGUGUUCGGGAGGUACAUAGCGCGGGAGCUGGCGCAGCUGGUCGCCUCGUACUUCGACUCCGUCGUGGAGCUGUAUAGCGGCGCGCUGGCCGAUUUUUUUGACAACUCCUUAGUUGGAGGAACUACUAAAGCCUUGUUCAUUGGCUCCGUUGUUAAGGGGAUAUUAGCUGAAAGUGUUGGCAACCAGCGGCGUCUUGCCGUGUAUGUUCUUAAGAGAAAUCGCUACAGUAUUCAAGAUUCCUUGCGGAAGGAGAUCGAAGAUCUUAUGUUGAACGACAGUGACAUAGAAUUGUUUGUUCACGCUAAUUUGUUGAACUAAUAAAUUGAUGAAAAUAUCGGUUGGUUUUAAAA